AUGCAUUCGCCUCCCACAGGGGAGAAGACACCUGUCCUUCCCUGUGACGAAGAAUCAUCUUUCGCCUCUGUAGAUGAUGUAUUCUUCUUUUGUGACCAGCAACAGACUAUAAAUCAGGAAACUUAUUAUUCAGAGUCACUCAAGAAAACGCGUUCCAAAGAUGAAUAUCCAAAUGCUGAAGAUAAUUCGAAAAAAUCCAGCGUGAGAUCGGAAAGUAAGAACUUUAAACAGAAAGAUUCUUCUACAUGCACAAAAGACAAAGGACAGAGUAAAAUCGUCGUCACCGAAAAAAUGACUGAUUGUCAUAACUUUCAGUCAAAUCAUACUGGAAAAGUCGCUAAGAAACAUACUUAUUUACCAAAGAAUUUGAAAAAUCCUUUUGCUCAUGGUCAAAAAAAUAUUGUUCAUAGAAGCUUAAAAAAUUCAUUUGGCCAGAAUCAGAAAAAGACAGACAGCAAAAAAAAUCAUACAACUUUAAUCGAUAUAUUGGUGGAAGAUUGUCGACAAUGUGCAAUAGAAGAGAAAUCGGCCGCAUCAUUUUCCAAUGUCUCCGAUGGUAAAAAGGAAAUCACUGAUUGUAGAGGUACUCUUACACAAUCUAUAGUGGAGAAAAAGUCUCCUGGAUCUCAAUUCAAGUACAAUUGCAUAGAGUCAGCGUUGGACUCAAAUAGCACUAAUAAAGACAGUAGGCAACGUUACAAUAAGCUCUCCAUUGUGGACAACAUUACCAAGUUUAAAAGACCCGAUGCGGCACACACAAAAACUACAGAACUCACGAAAAAGUUUCCUUGGAAUUGCACAUGUAGUAAAAUGAGGAAAAGUCUCGAUAAAUGCAAGGAACAGAAGAACGACUCUAUCGAGAACUUUGAUUCCUACGUCAAUGACGCCAAGCAAUUGAAAAAGAAGAAACCUGCUUGCAGUCCACUGAAAAAACUCGGGCGAUCGUCUUUGUCAGUGGGUUCGGACAAAAUCGCGAUAAAUUUGCCAAAGUAUUCUCCUUGCGCAAGCAGAUUAGCCGCGAGUUCAAAAAUUUUAUCGUCUGAUCGAAUGACAGAUCCAGAGAGUCCGCUUCAUGUUCCACGUUCAAGAAGUCCAUCUCACAUCGAUAUACAAACCGAACAACAACUUUCGAAGGAUUCGGAAAAAACGUCGAUGCAGGCCAGCUUGUCUCUGAACAUACAACAGUUCCAAAAGACCCGAUAUACUCUGCGUAGUAGGAGCGUGGGUGACAGCUGCGUAACAUCGCCAACAAGUGAAGCGACUACUGUAAGUUACUCGCCCACUGGCACAGAGAUAUUAUCCCUAGAAGAAGUUGGACCUCACACGUCACAUACAUCGUCGGCCGAAGGUUCGGGAAGUAGUUAUUCAGAAGUUAAGGAGAAACUGGAUGCUGAAUGCUCUGACAAAAUUAGAAGAGCGACAUUGGAGACAAAGUGUUAAUGAAAUGUGCAUUCUCGACGACACGCCAAAUACAUGUUUUACGCCAUUCUCUCUUCCACGUAUAUACACACAUAUACGUAUUUUACGUAAAACGAUAAUGCAGUUUCAUAUACGCGCGGUAAACCCAUUUGGGCUCUGUAUAAUCGUGCUAGUGACAAACUGUACACAGAGAGGCGAAUAUAUACGAUAUACAUUUAUAAAAUUUAUUAUAUUUCUAGAAAUGCGAGAGUAUAUACAUACUUGUGCAUAUUUGAAUAUUCUUAUCUACAUAUAUACACACUCAACAGACGCGUUACGCAUACGCGUGUUGCGUACACGCGUGGAUAUUAAGAGUCGUUUUUGCAAAAUAGGCUACAGAAUGUUGUUGCGAC